UCACACAGGCAGUAAAUCAUGACUGACAGCGAGGCGGCAGCAGCAGCGAUGGCUCUCAGCCUCACUCAGGAGUAUUUUCACAUCCCUGUGGUGACCCGAACGUACACGACCGCCUGCGUCCUCACCACCGCUGCCGUGCAACUAGAAGUCAUCACCCCGUUUGAGCUCUACUUUAACCCGGAGCUCAUCAUCAGGAGAUACCAGAUAUGGCGUCUGAUAACCAGCUUCCUCUUCUUCGGCUCUCUUGGAUUUGGUUUUAUAUUCAACAUCAUUUUUCUUUAUCGAUACUGUCGCAUGCUGGAGGAGGACUGCUUCCGAGGAAGAACGGCCGACUUUGUUGUUUUGUUCCUGUUUGGAGGAUUCCUCAUAACCCUGCUGGGUCUGUUCGUCGACAUCAUCUUCCUCGGUCAGGCCUUCAUCGCCAUGCUGGUGUACGUCUGGAGUAAACGACACCCGCUGACGCCCAUCAGCUUCUUGGGCCUGCUGAGCUUCCGGGCGCCGCUGCUGCCCUGGGUGCUGACUGGAGGCUCGCUGCUGCUCGGGAACGCUGUCCUGGUCGACCUCCUGGGCAUCGCCGUCGGUCACGUCUAUUAUUACUUAGAGGACGUGUUUCCCAACCGGCCGGGAGGAAGGAAGCUGCUGACCACACCAGAGCUGCUACGGCUGAUGUUUGACGACGACGAACGUAACGAGGAGUGACACAACUGAAGGAAAGCUCAGGAGAAAUCAGCAAAUCUGAAGCUCAGUUCAGGUGGAAGGACUCUUUUACUACUGUGUAGAUGAAAAACUGGUUUUAAAAUGCCUGUGACAUCAAUUUUUUGUAAUACACAUGAACGCAUUUUUUUUUGGAAAGAAGAC